CCGACCUCCUCAUACUCAGGGGCCACAGCAGCAAACGCCGCGCCCCACAAGGAAAGUGACAGUCUGUCCGGCAGAGCUGAAGCCUGAGGCACAGAGAGCGGAGCAGGAGGAAGGUCCCUCCAUUAUACUCAGGGGUCGCGGAUUCUUCUAUCCGCAGAUCACAGACAGACUGGUAGAGACAGUGUCAGUGAGUUGAGCCCAUCGGAUUCCCUCCUGCACACAGCGCAGUGUCACUGUUUGCCACUAUCACUCCGCAGGGAACACACGGCUGGAGGGCCCGCACAGCUCAUGGAGAAGUCCAAGAAUUUCAGGAUUGACGCUCUCCUGGCGAUAGAUCCCCCCAAGGCUCAGACCUCCCCAUUGGCUCUGGUCACCUCGCUGUCCUCCUCGUCUCUCUCCGGGAGCCCCCCGUCCGAGCACACUGACAGCCUCAGGACUGACUCCCCCUCCCCUCCAAGGACUUGUGGACUGGUCCCUAAACCAGGUUUCCUGAGCAGCCACCAGCACCCCCCAAACAUGAUGUCAUUGCACCCCCAGGCUGCUCCAGGGAUCCCCCCUCAGGCCCUGUAUGGACACCCGAUGUACAGCUACUUGGCAGCGGGGCAGCACCCAGCUCUGUCCUACCCCUACUCCCAGAUGCAGAGCAGCCACCACCCCCACCCCAUGGACCCCAUCAAGAUCAGCGCUGGCACCUUCCAACUGGACCAGUGGCUCAGAGCCUCCACUGCCGGCAUGAUGCUGCCCAAAAUGGCAGACUUUAACUCCCAGGCCCAAUCCAACCUGCUGGGAAAGUGCAGAAGACCAAGGACAGCGUUUACCAGUCAGCAGCUGUUGGAACUGGAGCACCAAUUCAAGCUGAACAAGUACCUCUCCAGGCCGAAACGCUUUGAAGUGGCCACUUCCCUGAUGCUCACUGAGACGCAGGUGAAGAUCUGGUUCCAGAACAGGCGCAUGAAAUGGAAGAGGAGUAAGAAAGCCAAGGAGCAGGCGGCGCAGGACUCAGCAGAGAAACAGCAGAGGGCAGGCAAGGGCAGCAGCGAGGAGAAGUGCUCGGAUGAGCUGCAGGAAGAGAAGAAAUCCUACCAUCUCCAUCCCAGGGGGGAGCCCAUCAAAGGGAACGGCCGCCUGCAGCCCAGAGACUAUACAGACAGCGAAGAGGACGAGGAGGAGGACAGGGAAGAGGAGGAAGAGGAAGAUCACAGAGGGGAGGGGAAGCGGUUUUACCAUCAUUCUUCUGACUGCACAUCCGAGGAAGAGGAGAACAGCCACAAUAAGCAGAGCGGCCACUGAGCCAGUAUCACCCUGGCACAUCAUUGUCCUCCCUUCCCUAAAGAGACUUGUAUUAGAGGAGCCAUGUGAUCAUUGUUUUGUGCUAGUACCCAGGCCCGGACUGGCAAUCUGUGGGUUCUGGCAAAUGCCAGAGGGGCUGCUAUAAGGUGCCAUAGAAAGUCAGUAUUUAGUGGGCUGGUGGGGGCUCUUUGGGCCUCUGUGUGCUUGAAAUGCCAGGGCCUAUUUUAAUUCUCAGUCCGGACCUGCUAGUACCACCCGCCGACCCCUUAGCGGAACCCCGGGCACUCAGACUGGAUGAGCCCAGUCCAUUCCAGCACCAUGGAGAGGUCCUUGCCCCAAGCACUGCCCCAUCAUCACUGGGUAUUGACUGUAUUAUCCACUAUACUGACUGACUCUUCCCUGCUGGGGGGCAUUUGUUCCCAGGCAGGGUCAUGGGGGUUACACAGGCUACUGGGAGUCCCCUACUUUUGUGUUGACACCAUCAUAAGAAAACCCGCUGGGCACCUGAAGGCUACACUAUAGGCUGUCUUUAUUUUUGUACAUUGUAUUUAUAAAGAAAAAAAAAUACCUCUACAUAUGCAUGCUAAAUUAUUAUUUAGCCUCCUCCAUCAUAACGAUGGUAUGUAAAAUAAAUUUUGUUUUUUACUUGUA